CCGAUUUUAUCUAUGCCUCAUCCGCUUUCUUAAAUAAGUAACAGAAGGUUUGUAAGUGUUUGUUAUAAAUUCAUUCUUUAAUUUGAGUUAAUUCAUCUAUAAAAGUAUAAGUAAAAGCGUUAUAAUUACAUCAUUCAUGUCUCAUUUUUAUUUUUCUCAUCCAAUCUUUCAUCUAUUCCAAAUGUGAUUUUACACUUUACUAUUAGUAUGAGUACCAUGAUUAUGGAAGAAUAUGGUAUAGUAUCACUAUAGUAUAGUCUUUUCUAUUAUAGAAUAGUGUCUAUAAUACCCUGUAAUGUCCAUAACUAUAACAUAAGCCUACUAACUACUAAUACUAUACUAAUCCUGAUACUACUUUACACAAUCUUAUUUGGCAUACUUACAUAUUUUUAAUUAGCUAUAAUAACUGAAAUGCUACAAAUACGUUGGACUACAAUACACUAACACGAAUUUUUUAAAUGGUUAUUUUAUGUGGGUUUUUAGCGUAAUCAUACUCAUAAUCAUACACGGGAGGGGGUGGGUGGGGCGGCAUUUAAGAUUUUCGGGGUGAGGGCAGUGUCCAGAGGCGUAGCUAAGGGGGGAAAGCUGGGACACUUCCCCGGGUCGAAGACUAGCUGGGGCACCAAGAUGGGCUUUGAUGGUAUUAAAUGGUUGAAAAUAAUUUGUUUCAGAGUUGAGGGGGUAGGGGCGUAAAAUGAGUCAUGUCCCCUGACUUCAAACACUCUAGUUGCGCCACUUCCAGUGGUGUAGAAAGGGGAGGAUGAGGUUGCUCACCCAGGUGUCACUUUUUUGUAUAGAUGUGCGGCAUUUUUGGACAAAUCCAAUUACCUAAUAAUAAUAAUAAUAAGAGUGUUGGACUGCGAUAAAGCUUUACAAUAGAAGAAUUAGACACGAACAAUUUGUGUCAACAAAACAAUAUUAAUAUACUAGAUAUAGCCCACCAAGCAUUGGCGACAGCAAUGCAGGAACUUCCCAUCUACCAACAAAACAUGAACUCAAGUAACGCACAUUUAAGAAUCCCAAUUUUUGCUAUACCGGUACCCCUUCCCCCCAUGAUACGUCACUGCACACUUUUUAUUUCACGCCCAUGAACUAUAUUAAAUAUUCUGAUGUCCCAACCACUUUUAAACUGAAUAUUUUUUACACCAUUCUUAAAUUGGGACGAUUUCAUUUACCGAAAAUGAAAUAUUACGCACCAAACGCAGUUGCGUAAUUAAUUUUAAAAAAAUCAUUUAGCGUAGUUAUCGGGAAUUAUAUUUUUCCCGCUAGUGAACUCAUUAUUGAACCCUACUUUCUUUCAAACAUAUAGAAAUAUUUUUAAUACAAUCUCAACACCAAAUACGCUGAAUAGGAAGCAGCAAGAAAUGGAAGCAGUCCAUGAGUCACCCCAGAGGCAUAAUAUAUAUUAUAAGAGAAGUUCAGCUUUAAAAUAAGUUUACAUAAUAGACAAGUAAACGCAAAUGCCUCAUCAGUACAAAAACAGGCUUACCCAAAAACAAAACAUAUCUACCAAUAAGGGUAAAUUAAAUUUACAUUAUACAUAUGUAUAUAUAUAUAUAUAUAUAUAUAUAUAUAUAUAUAUAUAUAUAUAUACACACAAUAUACACACACAAAUACAGAGUUUGUAUAGUGAAAGAAAGGGUAGCAAAAAUAUAACACAAAAAAAAAAAAUAUAUACCAAUAAAAGUAAAUAAAAUAUAUAUUAUAUAUAUAUAUAUAUAUAUAUAUAUAUAUAUAUAUAUAUAUAUAUAUAUAUAUAUACACACAAUAUACACACACAAAUGCAGAGUUUGUAUCGUGAAAGGAAGGGUGGCAAAAAUAUUUGGUGGCACUAAUACUUGCUACGCUAUUAUCUAUAGUCAACAAAAGUAUCGAUCAUUUUCAUCGGAAUGUGGGCAGAAAUCGAGAGCUCAGAUGAAUCUUGCUUUUAAUUAUACAAAUAAAAGCAAGGCAAAGAUCAUGAAGGUAAACUCAGUAAACUCAGCCAACCAUGAACAUAUCUCUCCCUCGGGGAAUGCACUGGACGAAGUGGAGGCCUUCGCAUACUAAGGCAGCACCAUUGACAUAAAUGGUGGAUAUGAAGCUGAUGUCACAGCUAGAAAAGCUAGGUCAGUAUUUGUGGCAUUAAAGAAAAUAUGCGAGUCAAAGGAGCUGGCUCUUCAAACCAAUGUCAGAAUUCUCAAUACAAAUGUCAAAACAGCUUAUUCCUAUUCUAUGGAGCCCCAACUUGGAGAACAACGGCGAGCAUUACACAGAAGGUACAGACCUUUAUAAACAUUUGCCUUAGAAAGAUCCUGAAAAUCAAAGUGUCAAACACCAUGACUUACAAGAAAGGACACAGUAGCCUAUUGCUGAAGACAUCACAAGGAAAAGAUGGAGGUGGAUAGGGCACAAUUUUCGCAAAUCCCCAGACAAUUCCUAACAUGAAAUUCACAGAGGAAAAAUAAAGAUAGGAGGCCCUAAUAAUACAUUGAGACUCAAGCUAGAGGCAGACACACAAAGUAUGGGAUACAAUUUGAAACAGCUGGAAAGGAAAGCACGGGACCGAGAUGAAUGGAAAAUUCUUAUGGACGGCCUAUGCCCUAAAGGGGUAAAAGGGAUAAGUAAAAUGAAUUUACUUUUGGAAAUGAAUUAUUUUUUUGGGGGGAUGAAAUAUUAUUUGAGAAUAGAUUUUGCCUAUUUGAUACUUAGCAAGAACUAUUAAUGAAAUGGUAGACCUUUAAACUUGUGAAGUAGCAAAAAGUAAAUGAAUAAAAAUAACGAUAUGUCUGUUCGAUAUUUAAAAUCUAAUACUGUACGCCUACAUCAAGAUUAGCCUUAAAUAUAACAGCAUACAGAUCAGCCAAUACUUCGAGCCAAUAUUUCAAUAGAUUCCACUAAUUAUAAUCGCUUACAGGCAGCAGAUACUAUUUGUUUUAAAACUGUUUAAAAAUGACAAUUUCGUCGUUUUUAAUUUUUAAAAUAAAAAAAUAAUAAUAAUAAUAAAAAAAAAAUAAUAAAAAAAAUAAAUAAUCGUUUAAACAAUAUGAUUGUUUUACACAUGUUGCUUCUGGGCGGCACUUGACUUUGGGGAUAUGGCUGAAAGAAACCCUGGUCACACUCAAGAUGUUAUAUAAUAAGAAUAGUUUAUGAAAUUGAGCCUAAUGAAUACAGAUGAAUUGUGUAUAUGCAGACUGCUUUGCAGUUUGCAGUGCAGUAAAAAUUAUUUAAGUAUAAGUAAAAUCUUUAAUCUACAAAUAAUACACAUCAUUGAUAUAUUUAAAUAUAUAAUAUAUACAUUACAUGACAUAUAAUCACCAAGGAGUUCAAUGAUUUAUUCAAAUAUUUAACCUAAUUUUACGCAUUCUAUGAGGGCUAUGUUGCCUAUGAGAAUAUUUUGUCCCCAUCACAAUUUUUUCAGCUGAACUUUUGUCACAAAAACUAAAUUUGUCUGCUCUACAGGAUUAAGUUGAUUUCAUAGAUGCUUAUAAUUUGUUAAAACAUCAUAUGAUGCUCAACUAUGAUUGUUUUACACAUGUUGCUUCUGGGCGGCACUUGACUUUGGGGAUAUGGCUGAAAGAAACCCUGGUCACACUCAAGAUGUUAUAUAAUAAGAAUAGUUUAUGAAAUUGAGCCUAAUGAAUACAGAUGAAUUGUGUAUAUGCAGACUGCUUUGCAGUUUGCAGUGCAGUAAAAAUUAUUUAAGUAUAAGUAAAAUCUUUAAUCUACAAAUAAUACACAUCAUUGAUAUAUUUAAAUAUAUAAUAUAUACAUUACAUGACAUAUAAUCACCAAGGAGUUCAAUGAUUUAUUCAAAUAUUUAACCUAAUUUUACGCAUUCUAUGAGGGCUAUGUUGCCUAUGAGAAUAUUUUGUCCCCAUCACAAUUUUUUCAGCUGAACUUUUGUCACAAAAACUAAAUCUGUCUGCUCUACAGGAUUAAGUUGAUUUCAUAGAUGCUUAUUUGUUAAAACAUCAUAUGAUGCUCAACUAAGAAACAUAAUGGGUAUGCAAACAAGCACAAUGCUGAUUAUGUUGGCUGCAUGUAUAUUGUUGUUUGGAGAGAUGGUGUCUACAGGUUGGUAGUCUAAGUGUUGAUCCAUAGAUGAUAGAGUUCAUUGCGUUUGCACUGUGUAUCAUAGCUAUUGGGGUAGAUUUUUAAAAUAUGAAUCUGUUAUCAAAGGAUAGAUAUUGUUAUAAGAUGCUUUCCUAAAUAUCAAAUAAAUAAAGAAUGUAACAUUACAAUAUCAUUUAAGGUUAAAAUUCUAAAUCUAAGGUUUUUAUCCUUUAAUCUGUCUUUGUACACAAGCUUGAUUUAUAAGAUCACAUCUUCAUUUUAAAUCUUUUAUUUUUUGAUGAUGCUUAUGAGGAGACACUUUUUGUUUAAAAAGAUUUGAUUUUAUUUAAAUACAAUAAUUUCUCUCCAUUAAGCUGUGCAUGCUAAGCAGAUUUGAUUCUAUCAUGGAUAUGUGCAUGCGAGAAACAAAUUAAAUCAUAAGUUGUAUCACAAUACAUUUUAUCAUCCCACUAUUUGAAGAAAUAUGCAUUUGUUAAGCUUAUAUAUAUUUAGGAGGAUACAUCCCACAUUCUUCAUCACAGGUUCCUAAGAUCAGCUCGAUGAGAGUGAAUUCUUACCCUUAAAGUUAGAAUAAAAAAAUAUAAAAAUUCUCUAGUUCCCCAGAAGGUCAUAAUUUAUCAGCCAUCUUCCCCAAUGGUUAUGAAAUAUAAAUGAUCACUAAUUAAGUCAUUAUUGUUACUUAAAGAGUUCAGUAUGUAUGAUGGCUGAUUUUUACGCUAGAGAAAUACUUUAGAUGUAUUUUGUUCUAGUGGAAAAUUUUGCCUUGGUACGAAUAUUUAUCUAUGUGCUGAAAAUGAAUAUGUAAAUUUUAAUAAAAAAACAUUUCCAUUUAUUUGGAUAAAUAAAAAUAUAUCUUGACCUUUCUUAUCAUUCCAAGACAAUUUAAAAUGGUUUUAUACAUCUAUCGUGUAAGCAAAGUAUAUAACUAUGGUUUUAAUAUAGUGGAUCAGCUCUGUCUAAAAUUCACAUCACUAAGAAUAGUAAUUUAUAAAUAUUUGCAGGGAUAUUGGGCAUUAUUGAAAAGCAUAUUUAUUAAGCAAAAAUAAAAUGGAUGGCUCAUAAAUACAAUUUCAAAACUUUAAAAUUAGUAUAGGCGACUUUAAUUUAUCUUAAAAAGAUAUUGUUUUGCCUAAUAAAAUGACUACACUUUAAAAGGAAUCUGUUUUUUUAAAUAAAAUUUGAAAAUAUAACUCACUUUCACAAUGAUUGUAUUAAAUAAUUUAUAAAUGUGUUAAAACAUUUAACAAUUACUAUAUUAUUACCAGAUGAAAUAGUGUGCAAAGGAGACACCCCAAUAAAGUGUCCAGUGACUGGUGUGUGCUGUGAAAUAGAUCAUUUUUGCCACACAGGCCUUUGUCGUCCCUGUAUCCCUCCUGGCAUGUCUAGAGAUGAGCUGCUAGUCAAGUGCAAAAAAAUGACCAUUGUUCAACUAAUGGGAGAAUUCAAUCCUCAAUGUCAAGAUAUAUGUCAAAGAAUUUUUACAUUUGAGGAUUUGAAUAAAAGUGAGCAUUUAAACAGCCUGUUAAGGUUUUCUUAAUAAAUUAAGCUAUUUGUAUCAGAUUUGUUACUUACAAAUCACAGAUAAGCUUUAAAACACAAAGCAAAUGUAUUUAGGUUUAGAAAAUUAAUAUAUUUUUUUACUUUUGAUACAUUUUGCUUUACAAGUAGGCCUAUAUAUAGCAAAUUUUAAUUUAUAAGAACAAGAACUUAAGUUUCAGGAUGCAGCACUAAGACGUAGUUCUUACAUUUUAAUUCUUUAAUGUUAGUAAUAAUAGUAAUAGGUUUAAUACAGAAAAGUAAUUUUAACAUAACAAAUAAUUUUAACAUAACAAAUAAUUUUAACAUCAAUUUUCAUCCUAUCACCAGGGACCUUAGUUAGCCUUGACAUUCAGGAAAUGAAAUGCUAUGGAAAUCCCAAUGUCUUUUUUUCCCUUUAUUGUAUUUAGAUACUAAGGCAUUCCCUCUCUUAAGCAAACAAAUGUGGCUGCACAUUUGAAACUGAUACCUGGAACUGGAACAAUCAUUCUGGUUUGGCUGUUUUUAAAAGUCAUAACUCUAGCCACUGAACUUUACCUAAUGAGUCAUGGAAUCAAACAUACUAGUAGUACUAGACUAGGGCAUUGACAUAUUAUGUAUUGAGAGUUCUUAAUUUUGCUUUUAAAAAAUUUCCAGACCAUUUGUUUUCUAUAAUAAAAAAUGUGCUAAGCUAUCAAUAUUUAUUAUUAUUAGGCAAUAGCAUCAAACCUUAAGCAGGGUUUCGAAAUCUUUUCAAUAAUAUUUUGCACCAUCUAAAAAUUGCAUUACAAAGUCUCGCACAUACAAACAAUGAAUUUUUAAAAAUAUUUUAAAUGAACUUUAAAUUUUCUUAUUAAAUUACAAAUAUAAGUGUUUAACUCACAAAAUAAACUUUUGACUUAUAAUAUAAAUUAACAUUUUAGUGAAAAGAAAUAUAUUUAAAAAGUUGAAGUCAUAACUUUAAAGGCUAUAAACGCUUUUUCUUUCGCGCCUUAAUGCCACCUUUCACUCCCUGUGGUGCAAACAGCCCUUGAUGGGCAACACUGAGAUAUAUGGAUACAUCCAAGGGAAUGUGGGGGGGGGGGGGGCUUAAAUAUUUUGUGGCCAGCAAUUUUCAAAUUAAAAUAAAAAAAUUUUUACAAAAGCUUUCCCCCGCGUAAACUGACAGACUAAGACUCUGAGGGGUUCAAACAUUCGUGAAUUUAAACCAAUGAUUUAAAUAUGAUUGGUUUGAAUAUGAUUAAAAAUAAUUCCUCCAGUUACCCCCGUUUUAUUAUUGACUAUGCCCCAAUUCCUUUAAGCAAUACUUUGUAAGACGCAUUACAGUUAAUAACUUAACUCCCACAAGCAUUUUUUAGGUAAACGUUUAAUAAAUACAUGUGAUUUUUAGGAGCAUUGGAGUUUUAACCCCAAAACUGGCAACAAUGUGUCGACUUACGUUUUGUUAAAUUAAUGUUUUUCAAUGUAUCAGUAGUAACAUAGGCCUAUAUAAGAAUUCCUUGGUAUCAUUAGUAUCAACUCCGAUUGACUGAGGUGAGUGUGUAACUAGUAGUUUCCCACACACAGACAGUAAAGACAUGUUGAUAUGGAACUAUAGUUUAUUUAACCAAAUUUAUUUACAGCAAAUUGUUUUGUAAAUAUUGAAGUAGACUAUAAUUUAAUUUGGUUGACACAAUGAUUCAACAAAAAUUUCCUUUCUCCAGAGCAAAAUAGUGAAAUUAAUGAUCUCAAACAGAAAGUAGAUGAAAUCUUACAGAUUUUAAAGCAAACAAGUAAGACUUUCAUUUGAUUUUUUUCCGGUGUCCUUUUUAUUUCCGUAAAAAGACAUCCAAUUGUAAGUUUUCAGAAUGAGAUCCUGUUUUUAAUGUCUACAUUUUGUUGUUUGAGUUUUUAAAAUGAUGUGUCUUUGGAUAUAACUUUAAUAUUUUUCUAGUAUUAUUACUAUUAGUCAUUUAAAACUAUAUAAAACUUCAUGAUGCAUUUUGCAACUUAAAAAUAAAUAAUUUUAUGCAAUAUCAUAUUGUCAAUAUCUAAAAAUACAUGCUACAGAUCCCUCAGCUUUUAGCUUAAAAUAAGCCAGAUGUCUUAUUCGCGUUAUGUCUGUUUAACUGCUUUGUAAAAAAAGAAAACGUCCCUCAAACUUAUGUUUGUUGAAAAGGUUGUUGUUAAAGAUCAAUGCGUUUUAACCCAUAUAGACCAAUCUCAGUACCGGUAGUUGAAAUUGUUUUCAUUCAUUAUAUUUAUUGGAACUCAAGUUUUUUAUUUUUAAACAGUUUUGUGCCAUUGUAAACUGGUUUCAAGAUUGAGAGGUUGGGUUUAUUUAAAAAAAAUUACUUAAGGGACCUGCGUAUGAAUAGCCACUAUUAGGAUGUAAUUUGUGGUAGUUUAUUUUAGUCAAACUGAAAAAGUAAUUUGAAAAAAAUAUAGUCCAUUCCAUUAUCUCUCAUUGGAUACCAAAGUUUGUCUUACAAACCCAACAAUAACAUUUUUAAUAUUUUUUUAAUCCCAACCUCUCACUUCUGAUACCCAUGUCCGAGCAGCCACUUUGUAAUGCGAACAACAAAUUAAUGCUGAAAAUAUCAAAUAAUGUAGGCCUACUUGAAAAUAAUUUGUUGCAUUUGUAUUUCAUAAUUCUAGUCAAUUAAAUUAAAAUUAUGUAUUCGGACAGUAAAUUCAAUGUCAUUGCAUUAACACAUAUAUACAUGUGUUUUAAAGCAACUAAAAAAAAUAAUAAAGGAAAGAUUACUAAAUUAAAUUACAAUUUUCAAAAUCUUGGUGAACCUGAAUUGGCAACAACACAGAUGUGACACUUGAGCUUAAUUAAAGUAUUAGUAGGCCUACUCAAAACAUCAACAUUAAACAUGUUUAAAUUCCAUUAACAGUGAUUUCUCCUUAUUUAAAUGUAAAUUGAUACAUUUUUUAUUGAAGUCUGGACCACCAAUUUACUUUUCUUUGAGUUUAACACCCCUGAUCCACUUGCAAGAAACACACUAACAAUUAAAUGAAUAUUGAUUUUUGAAUUCAUCUUUGCAAGGAAUUUUUAAGGAGACUUCAGCAGCAACCAAUUUGUAACAGUUUACCUCUUUACAGUAAAAAUUUUACAACACUUGCACGGAAAAAGUAAAUUGGUUAACAGUGCAUUCUAGAGAAUUGGAAGACAUUUUUUUAGAAUUUUAUUUUUCACUUUACGAAUCGGUUCCUACCAUUUGUCCAAUACUUGUAUUAAAACUUUCAAAUCAACCACUCUUAGACAAUGCAUUGUCUCUUAAGGGAAUUAAAUCAAGUAGAGGGGGUGGUUUAAUUAAAUAAUAUGUAGUCAGAUUUAAUCAAACAAGGAAAUAAAAAACAUAUUUUAAGGAUAGGCUUGAAAAAAAUGUCAGAGCAAAAAUAUAAAUAAAGAACAUGUUUGCAAAAACAACUAUUAAAAUGAUAAAUUAAAUCAAUUUAGCUCUAAGAGCUAUAAAAAGUGGGAAAUUAUAUUAAUGUAUUUUUACCAUUAGAUUUUAACCAUUACAUGCUAUUAGAGAAAUGUUAUGAAUAUAAUCUACCAGUACAUCAACUCUAUGUGGACUAUAAAAUUGUCCAUGACAGCAUCAAAAUAAAAUGUCUACAUGAGACUCUGUAAAAUUAAACAACUCAAAAAGCAAAAUCAAGAUUCAGGGAGAUUAUUCAACGGAAUUCAGAUUAGACAAGGCCUAUGACAAGGAGACACACUGUCUUUUAUGCUAUUUAACCUAACAUUAGAGAGAGUUAUAAGAAGCAUACACAUUGACACCCGAGGAACAGUAGCAGGAUACUUUCUGAGGGAGAUCCAAGAACAACAACCAAAAGGCACUCUCUACAAUCAACUCCUUCAAUAUCUUGUAUAUGCUGAUGGCAUAGUACUGAUAUGGAAAAGUAGUAAAGACAUAUCAAAAGCCUUUAUUGAAUUAGAAGACGCAUCACUACAAGCAGGAAUGGAAGUUUACCAACAAAAAACAAAAUAAAUGUAUGAUAAAAGAAGAACAGACAGAUGAAACCAUUAAAAUUAAAAACAAGACUUUUGAAAAAGUAAAUCAAUUCAAAUGCCUAGGAUAUUUAAGAUAAGAUAAGAUUCUUUUAUUGAUCCGAAUAAAUGGAAAUGUUUUUUGAUUGCACUAUACAUUUUCAACACAUAAAUAAAACAAUUUGAAGACAAGAAAUUUAUAAUAAAUUAUUUCAAACAGCCAUUCAGUGAAUAAUCUUAGCCAAAUCGGGACCUUAUUAGUUCUCAUGAAGAUGUGUGACUUCAGAGGGAGCACGCCAGUAAAUUCGUACAGAUUGGAGAACAAAAGAAUUUGUGUAUCUUUCAGUCCUCGCCCUGAUGGAAAUAAUUCGCCCCGAACGGCCCGAUCCUAAGUAUUUGUCGUGAAGAGGAUGGAAUGUAUCAUCCAAAAUGUGUUUAGUUCUACAAAAUCAUCUUUCUUCAAAUAGUUCUUCAAGUGAAGGAUGUUUAGUUUGUGUUAUGUUCCUAGCUUUCUUGAUGAGUCAGUUUAUGCAGUGUUUUAAUAUCAGACGUUGAAUUCCCACACCAGCAGGUAAUACUGAAAUUAAGUAGGUUUCCAAUUGUUGCAUUGUAGAAUAAGUUAAUGACUUGCUUGUUUACGCCAAAAUUGUACAGUUUUUUGAGGUAGAACAGUCUUUGGUUGAAUUUCUUAUAAAACAUUUGGCCGUGCUCAUGCCAUGUUAGCUUAUUAUUAAUGGUGAUGCCUAAGUACUUGUAUGCCUCCACUUUCUCUACACUUUGAUUUUUUAUGUUGAGCUCUGUAAUCUGGUGUUUCCCCCUCCUGAAAUUAACAAAAAUUUCCUUUGUUUUUGAGACAUUUAGCUGGAGAAAAUUUUCAUCGCACCAAUUGAUAAAGCUUGUAACUAAAUUGCGGUAUGGGCAGAUAUUAAGCCAACAAUGGUGGUAUCAUCAGCAAAUGUUCAGAUUGGAACGGUGUCGCUUGAGCUUUGAAUAUCAUUGGUAUUUAUUGUACACAGUACAGGGGAGAGAACGCAGUCUUGUGGUGCCCCUGUGCUUAUUUCUCUGGUUAGAGAUAACUGGUUAUUUACUUUGACAUUUUGUGCUUGAUUUCUUUAAAAGUUCAGUAUCCAAGCCUGAAUAUUUAAAUUGACACCUAACGAGGAAAGUUUCUUUAUAAUAAGGUGUGGUUGGAUAGUGUUAAAUGCUGAUGAGAAGUCUAAGAAAAGCAAAUGGAAAGAAAUAACAGAAAUAAAAGAAAGAAUAUCGUACGGAAAUAGGGAAAACUUCAGGAGUUAGAAAAUACUUAAAAGUAAAAUUAUUACAAGAAAAACAAAGAAAACUUUUUAUAAAACUGUAAUCAGACCAGUUGUAACAUAUACAAGUGAAACUUGGACCCUAACAAAAAACAGAAGAAAACCUAUUAAGGGGAGAGAAAAGUUCUCAGGAAAAUACAAUGACCAACAAAGGAUAAAUAUUGAUGGAGAAUAAGAACCAGGAAUUGUGUGGUCUAUAUCAGGAUCCCAUGCUAGUAGCAGAAAUAAAAAAAGGGCACGAUACUUAGAAAGAAUGCCAAAUGAUAGAGGAGUAAAGAGGGUACAUCACCAAAACCCCACAGAAAAACGGCUCAAAGGCAAACCUAUGUCUCCCAACUUGCCUUAUACGCUGUUAGCCAACUGAACUGAAUCAUUAAAAAUGUACAAAUGUUGCUUCAAAUUAAAAAUUGUUGUUAAUGUGCGCUAUACUCUGUGUUCACAAUUGUCAGUGUUCAGAAUAAUUAUUGUCAAAGAGUGUGAAUUUUUGGUGCUCUAAUUUGUUGGUGUAUCUAGUUUCUGUGUGCUCAACUGUCAGUGUGCUCAUUUUUCAUGUGCUCAGUUAUGUCUUUGUGGACUUUUCUUUGCAGUUUUGUCAUGUGCUCAAUGUUACAUUUAAUAUCUAAAAUUUAAUCAGACUCGCAAGAACAAAUCAAAGACCUUGUGACAGAAACUUACAAAGAAUCAAAAAGAAUCCAAGAGACUGGUAAGUAUUAG